AUGGCGGCGCCGCGCCACGUCCGCACCCGGAACUGCCGUCACGGCGGGCGGGCGGGGCGGGACGGGACUACGGCGGGACACAACGGGACACAGCAGGACACGGGGCUACGGCGGGACACGGGGGCGCGGGCCGAGGUGGGACACGGAGUUACCGGGACACAACGGGACACAGCGGGACAUAACGGGACACGGGGGCGCGGGCCGAGGACACAACGGGACACGGGGCUACCGGGAUACAACGGGACACGGGGGCGCGGGCCGAGGCGGGGCACGGCGCACGGGGGCGGUGGAUGCGCGGCCCGGGCCCCGCCGCCCCUGAGCUUGCCGUGGCCGCAGCCCCGGCCGGUGGAGAACCAGCCGUACGACGAGAGCCUGGAGCUGCCCGAGGCCGGCCCCGGGGCCCGCUCGCCGCGGGCGGGGGCCGCGGGCCGCCUGCGGGACUGCCGCGGGCCCGGCGGAGCCGAGCGUGGGAGCGGCGGCAGCCGAGGGAAGGAGGAGGCGCGGCUCCCCGGCCCAGCCACCUUCAGCGAGGAUGACGACGAGGACGAUGAGGACUCGGAGGAAGAGUCUUCGGAGAGCGACUCUGAGGAGGACUCGGAGGAGCAGGGGGCCGCGCCGGAGGGUGACUUCAAUCCAGCAGAUUUUGACUACCUGCAAGUGUCUUCUGAAAUCAAAGAUCUCUUUGAAUACAUCAACAGGUACACUCCCAAAACCAUAGAGAUUGAGCACAAGCUGCAGCCUUUCAUUCCAGACUUUAUUCCUGCUGUUGGAGACAUCGAUGCCUUCCUAAAGGUUCCUCGUCCCGAUGGCAAGCCUGACAACCUUGGCCUGCUGGUCCUGGAUGAGCCCUCAACCAAGCAGUCAGAUCCCACCGUGCUCUCCCUUUGGCUGACAGAGAACUCCAAGCAGCACAACAUCACACAGCAAAUAAAAGUGAAGAGUUUGGAGAAUGCAGAACAGAACCCUAAAGCCAUUGAGAGCUGGAUUGAAAGUAUUAGUGAACUGCAUCGCUGCAAGCCUCCUGCCACAGUCCAUUACUCCAGGCCAAUGCCUGACAUUGAGACCCUGAUGCAGGAAUGGUCACCAGAAUUCGAGGAGCUCCUGGGAAAGGUGGGUCUGCCGAGCGCAGAGAUGAGCUGCGACCUUGCCGAGUACAUCGACAUGAUCUGCGCCAUUCUGGACAUCCCCGUGUACAAGAGCCGGAUCCACCCUCUGCACGUGCUCUUCUCCCUCUUCUUGGAGUUCAAGAACUCGCAGCACUUCAAGCCCCUGGCUGAUGGGCAGAAGGGCAGGAGCCCACCAUCCAACCCACCCUCACAAGCAGCGGAGGCAGAGGUGUUGAGCUUUAAUUGAUGCUUCACAUUAAAGCCUCAUCUCCUGGAUCACUGUCUGCCACUGGACACUGAGGAGUACCCCAGAGCAGGUUGGGAGAUAUCACACAGCAAAUCAGAAGCCUCUCUGAUCUUAGAGACAUUGCUGGGCUGUUCUGUCUUAAGGAAGUAGGGCUUGACUCAUCAUAUU